AUGGCCGACAAGGAAAAUCUCGACGUUGCCCAGAGCUCCGACGUGGCGCCCGCCAAGGAGUCAACCCCUAUCUCGCCCGAGAGCUCAUCCAAGGCCAGCACGGCGUCCACCUCGCCCGCGGCGAAGCGCGCCGGUGCAGCCACAGCUACAGCUACGGCCACGGCUCGACGAACUGCUGCGACCGGAACCACUUCUUCAUCUCGAACUGCUACCGGCUCGACUGCUGCAGCUCGCGCCACGGGCGGAUUGAGCAAGCCGCCUACACGCCCUCCCGCGAGCACCACCUCCACUUCGCGACGUCCAACGACCGCUACCUCUACCACCUCUACGCACCGUAGCCGACCCAGUGUGAGCGCGAGCGAGGAUGAGCCAAAAUCCGCCUUGACUGCCACUGCUGUUAGGAGGACGAGCACCCUCGUGUCUAGUCCCGGCAGAAAGGUCGCUCCCGCCGAGAAGAAGCCAACCACGCCAACGACGGCUACCGCUGCCACGGCUCGUAAGCCUGCAACGACUGCCGCUACUACGGCUGGGACGAGGCCUUCUGCACUUGGCUCGAGGUCGUCAACUGCAGGAACCACGUCCUCAAGCAGAUCAGCAACAACGGCAACUCGGGCUCCCGCAACGAGCAGCACCACCUCGAAACGCAUGUCCAUUUCUGGUGCUACCGGUCGUGUCUCUGCCACAGCCAGCCGACCUGGUACUGCCAAAUCCGAUGCCUCCACUGGUGCCAGGGAGAUUGAAGAGCUCAAGACCAAGCUUCUCCAGGGAGAAUCCGAGAUUGAGUCCCUCAAAUCUCAGAUUCAAAGCUCAGAAACCACAAUCUCUGAUCUCCGCGAGCAGCUGACCAAGACGGCUCCCGCUCUCCAGACCGAAUCCCCGCAGGGUGUCGAGGCUGACGAGGCUCCCGCGAGCUUGAAGUCUGACCACGAAUCUGCACUGGCUAGUCUGCAGAGCCAGCUCUCUGAAGCCAGUCGAAAGCUGGAGGCUGCCGAGUCUGAGCUUGAGCAGCACAGGGCCAACCUAAUUAACGCCGAGGAGUCCAAAGCUGCCACCGAGUCCGAAAUUGAGGCCCUGCGAAAGUCUCUCGAAACAGCUCAGUUGGAGAGUGAAGAAAAGGUCAAGGCCAUCGAAGCUGCGCUGCAACGGGCUUCGGACGAUCAUGCCAAGGAGCUGUCUGAGCUUCGGAACUCCCUGACUGAUCAGCACAAGACUGCUAUCGAGACGCUGGAGGCCAGCCACAAAAAAGAAGUCGAUAAAAGCCAGACUGAUGCGUCCGCUCACGAAACGGCUAUUGCAGAUCUCAAGACUAGCCACGAGUCGAUCGUUGCCGAACUGCAACGCAAGAUUGAUGAGCUUGCCGCCUCGCAAGCUGCCCUAGAAUCUGACAACAGCGAAAAGUCCCAACCAGACCAGCAGGCCCACAUGAGCAAGGUUGCCGCUCUUGAGGGCGAGGUUGCGGAGCUCAAGGCUCUCAGCGAUAUCUCUCGCAAGUCUGCAGAGAGUGCCACCCGUGAGCUGACGGAGCUUCGGAAUAGCCUGGCUGAGAAGGACGAGGAACUCUCGUCGGCCAAGGAAGAAAUGUCUUCUUUGCUGGCCAAGGUUGCUGAGACCCAGUCUGCUCUGGCUGACAAGGAUGGGGAGAUCGCCAAGCUUAAGACAAUGCAUGAUGAGCGCAUGAGGAGCGUUUCUCAGGAUUACGAAAACGAAAUUGAGAGUCUCCGUGGCGACGCCUUCUUUAAGCGCAAGUUUGAGGAACUUGAAGGCCAGCACAAUGAGGUCAAGGCUUCUUCUGAGGAGGCUGCCAAGAUUCACAGUGAUGCCCUUGCUGCCUCGAAGGCCGAGCACGCCGCCGCGGUCCAAGCGCUGGCUUCCAAAGAGGAGGAGCACCAAAAGAACCUGGAUGCUAUCCGCGCAAGUCAUGCUGAGGAGCUGGAGAGCGCUAAGACUGGUGCUUCUGCGGACAAGGAGGCUCACAUUGGUCAGCUCGAUGCCCUCAAGGUUCAACAUGCUAAAGAGCUGGACAUCUUGAAGGCGGAGAGCGAGGCCUCUUUGGCGAGGGAAAUUGCGGCCCUCGCAUCGACGCAUGCCGGUACAAUUGAUGCUUUGAAGCAGGAACACGCCGACGAGCGCCAAAAGUUAAAGGCCGCCCACGACGAGGCCCUCUCGGCGGCCAAGAGCGCAGGCAACGACGCACACACUAGCGAACUGGCAGCCAUUCGUGCUGAGCUGCAGGCCGCCAAGGAACAGGUUGAGCAGGCUCGGGCCGAUGGCGAACUUGGUGUUGAGACUGCCAAGAACGAGCUCCAGGAGAAGCACAUUGGCGAAAUUGAGAAGAUUGUCUCCAUGAAAGCCGAGGCCAUGGAUAAGAUUCAGGCUGAUGGUAUUCAAGCACGAAAGGACCUGGAAGAGCUGACUGCCACCCACGCCAAAUCCAUUGAGGACACCAUUGCCGAGUACCGAAACAGCUCUUCCGGCUUGGAAGAGAAGCUCGCCGAACAGCAGGCGGCCAAUGAGGCGCUGGAGAGUGCCCUCAAGACUGCGCAGGAGGCCCUUGCCAAGGCCCAGGCCGAAGUUGAAGAGAUGGGCCAGCAGUUUGCUCAGGAGAAGAUGGAGCGCAUGACGGCCCUGGCCGAGUUGGAUGCUGCCAAGAGCGUCAAGCCCGACACUUCAGAAGCGGAUGCCCUUCGCAAGGAGCUCGCUACCUUGAAAAAGGCGCACGAGGACGCCAAUACCGCGGCCGAGGCGGCGCUCAAGGACAAGGACAAUGAACUGGAGUCACACAAGGCCAAGCUUGCGGAUGCUCAGCAGACGCUGGCGAACAUGAAGAAUGACGUCGCACUCGCUCAAAAGGAGCUGGAGGCUCACAGGUCGGAGGCGGACGCCAAGCACAAGACUGCUCAAGCCGACUACAAGGAUCUCAACGACAGCAUGACUAGUCUGGUGGAAGAUGCCAACAACAAGGCCAAGGAGCUAGAGGCUAAGCUCGAAGAGGCAGCCAGAAAUGCGGCGGAAAGCGGCAAGAAGAUUGAGGAGCUGGAGGCGCAGCUCAAAGUAAGGGAUGCCGAGCUUAUGGAGGCCAGGGCAAACGUCAGCAAUUCCAAGGGUCUGUCAAGCAGCAGGUUCGCCGGCGCAGGAAGUGGCAGCGACGGAGCUGUUGCAAACUAUGACGCGGCUGAAGGUGAGGAUGACAGCAACGACAACGGCGAUGAUGAUGACCACUCUUCAGCGGCAUUGGCUUCGCUCACUAAAGCGCGCUUAAUUGCGAAGCAGAUUGAUGCUCUCGACAGAGAAAUGAGGGACCGCAAUUUGCAGUAA